AUGAUCCCCCCCAAGGAGAAGACCAGGGCCCCCAAGGACAGCAUGACGCUCCUGCCCUGCUUCUACUUCGUGGAGCUGCCCAUUGUGGCCUCCUCCAUCGUCACCCUCUACUUCCUGGAGCUAACAGACCUCUUCAAGCCAGCCAAGGUGGGCUUCCAGUGCCACGACCGGGCACUCUCCAUGCCCUACGUGGAGACCAACGAGGAGCUCAUCCCUCUGCUGAUGCUGCUCAGCUUGGCCUUCGCCGCGCCCGCUGCCUCGAUCAUGGUCGGGGAGGGGAUUGUGUACUGCCUGCAGUCGCGGCUGAAGGGACGCGCCGGGGCCGAGGGCAGCAUCAACGCCGGCGGCUGCAACUUCAACUCCUUCCUGCGCCGCACCGUAAGGUUUGUGGGGGUCCACGUGUUCGGGCUCUGUGCCACAGCCCUGGUGACAGACGUUAUCCAGCUGGCCACCGGCUACCACGCGCCCUUCUUCCUGACCGUCUGCAAGCCCAACUACACCCUGCUGGGCACCCCCUGUGAUGCCAACCCCUACAUCACCCAGGACAUCUGCUCGGGCACGGACAAGCAUGCCAUCCUCUCUGCCCGGAAGACUUUCCCAUCCCAGCAUGCCACGCUCUCGGCUUUCGCUGCUGUCUACGUGUCGGUGAGUUCCUGUUCUCAUGCACCCCAGAGCUCGCUGUAUUGCCAGGGGAAGGGGGAGGCUGUGGUGACAUGGUGGCAGCGGGCACCGGUGCCACGAGCUGCGACUAACAGCCUGUCCCUGCCUCACCAGAUGUAUUUCAAUUCCAUCAUCUCGGACAGCACCAAACUCCUUAAGCCCAUCCUGGUCUUCGCCUUUGCCAUCGCCGCUGGCAUCUGUGGGCUGACCCAGAUCACGCAGUACCGCAGCCACCCCACCGACGUCUACGUGGGCUUCCUGAUCGGCUCUGGCAUCGCUGCCUACUUGGCUUACCACGCCGUGGGCAACUUCCGCGCCCCAACGGAGAAGGUCUCAGCGCCGGUGCCCGCCAAGGAUGCGUUGCGGGCGCUGACUCAGCGUGGCCACGACUCCGUCUACCACCAGAACAAGUCGGUGAGCACCGAUGAGCUGAACCCGCAGACGCGGCUGGAGGAGGCGGCGCGGCCGGUGCCGCGGGAGAAGAAUUCCCUGGGCAGCCUGAAGCGGGCCAGCGUGGACGUGGACCUGCUGGCCCCCCGCAGCCCCAUGGGCAAGGAGAACAUGGUGACCUUCAGCAACACCCUGCCCCGCGUCAACACCCCCUCCAUGGAUGACCCUGCACGGCGCCACAUGACCAUCCACGUCCCCGUGGACGCCUCCCGCUCCAAGCAGCUCAUCACCGAGUGGAAGCAGAAAUCCCUGGAGGGACGGAGCAUGACCCUGGCGGAGGAGACAGCGCACGGCCAGGGCGCCGGGGAUGCCAGCGAGGACGUCCCUCCCUCCCUCUACCCCACAGUGCAAGCGCGCUCGGCCGAGCGGGCAGCGAUGGGACCCCGCGUCCUCAUCCAGCCCCGGCCGGGGGCCUCGCAGCUGGUGCACAUCCCCGAGGAGAGCCAGGCGGGUGCCAGCGUGCCAGCGGGCAGCGGGGCAGCCGUGAGGGCCAAGUGGGUGAUGGUGGCGGAGAAGGGUGGAGGAGUACAGCGGGUGGCCAACCCCCCGCGCCUGAUGCAGGUCAUCGCCAUGUCCAAGCAGCAGGGCAUGGUCUCCGUCACCCCUAAGCAUUCGGAGACGUCCUCGUCCUCCACCAGCUCCGAUUCCUCGCAGUACCGCUCGCCCUCCGAGCGGGACAGCUCCAGCAUCAUCACCAUCGACGCCCACGCACCUCACCACCCCGUGGUCCACCUCUCCGCCGGCAACGGGCCCUGGGAGUGGAAGUCGGGGCUGAAAGGGUCGGAGGGGUCGGACGCCUACGAGCUGGGUGACAUGGGGAAGGAUUUCCGCGGCUUCCACCCAGCCAAGAGCGCCGGCGUCUCCCCCGGCUCCUCCAUCAGCGACAUGGAGCAGGACGAGCCGCGUUACGGCAGCCUGGCUGCCAUCCCGGGGGCAGCGGGAGGGGGCGGGGAGCGGGGGGACACCCCCUCCGAGGGGCUGCUGAGCACGGCCAGCCGAGAGUCCACGCUGCGGAGGAAGCCGGCGGAGCGGGACGGGCAGGCGGACCCCGAGGUGGAUCACUACUACAAGAAGAUGCAAGCCGGUCGGAGGUUUAAGGACUGA